UCCAUGCCGCUACUAAAAACAGCAUUAGGGAAAAACACAGAACCUUUUUGUGGAGCAGCAUACAUUUAUUAAAGCAGACAGUACUAAACACGAUGUCUGAUGAGAUCCCACCGGUCCCUGAGCCACAGAUCCCAAACACUUCUGCAGCUGGUCGUAACCUGAGAAGAUGGCUCCAGGAGCAGUUCGGCGACAGGCCUCUAGAACAGUGUGAGGACAUGAGUCUACAUAAUGCUGCCCAUGUAGGAGAUCUAGACACUCUCAAGACCCUCCUACAAGAAGACGGCUUCAAACAGAGGAUAAAUGAGAAGUUGAUUUGGUCCUGUGGUCUGCUGCCUUGCACGCCCCUGCGAAUCGCUGCCAUGAUGGGUCACAGCGAGUGUGUGGACUACCUGAUCUCUCUGGGAGCUGCAGUGGACCUGGUGGAUGUGAAGGGUCAGACUGCUCUGUACAUGGCUGUGGUUAAUGGACAUCUGGACUGUGUGAAGAUCCUUCUGAAAGCCGGUGCUGAUCCGAACGGCAGCAUUCAUCACCGGAGCACCCCAAUAUACCACGCUGCACAAGUGGGCCGAGUGGACAUCCUAAUAGAGCUGAUCAGGUUCAAUGCUGAGGUUGAUAUUGACCAUCGGCUGGACCAGAGGUUUAUGUUCGGCACCCGCUCUUUGACAACUCUGGCAGCCUGUCCCCUUUUCAUCAGCGCAGCUUAUCACCACCUCCCCUGCUUCCGGAUGCUUCUGAAUGCCAGUGCCAACCCCAACUACAACUACAAUGGCCCCGUGAGCAGGGAAGUGCUGGUCAGGGGCCGGGCCUCCUGUAUGCUGGAUGCAGUUCUGAAACUUGGAUGUGAACCAGCCUUCGUUAGCUUGCUGCUGGACCACGGCGCUGACCCGUAUCUAGUCCCCUGGGACGAACUCGAUCCUGACACCAUGGUUCGCUUAAAAGUCAAUGCUGAAGCCUUUCGCAUCUACCAAGAGGCCAAAAGAAACCCGAGGAGAUUGAUGAACCUGUGCCGCAUUACUAUCAGGAAAAUCAUGGGCAAGAAGCGUCUAGCAUGCAUCUCUUCGCUUCCGCUGCCUGAAACCAUCAUCAAUUUUAUGUUUCACAAGGACUGAUGUACCUCUGCUUCUCCAUGUUGACGGUCGAUGAACUCAAGGGUAUGAGUGGCCACUCACUCUCCAGAACUACUUACAUGGAAACCAAUGACUUCCACAAGACUCUGGCAGCUGUAAUGGCAAGGUAAUGGCAUGUUUGUGUUGAUUUUGGGCGGAAAUCUGUGGAAUGGAUUCCUUGUAAAAAUGUGUUAAAUGGAGCUGAGAGUACUGCACUCUUAUUGUGAGAAGAAUACAUAAGCAUAUUAGCAAAAGUGUUAAAUAUAUGCACUGCUGCUGCCAUUUUAAGAGAGUUUUAGAUACUCUUCUUUGCACUGUGCCAAAGAACAUGCUCACCUGUAGUAAAAUCACUGUAACACACUGCCUUUCGUGGCUUAUUGCUUUAAUGAAGGGCAAAAUUGAACACCACUUAUGAGAGAAAAUCAUGUGAGUUUAGUCUUAUUUUUGUUAUUUUAGCUUGUGCCAACGGUUGUUACAGCACUACAGUAAUGACUAUUAAAUAUUAGAAUUAUGAUAUUGGUUUAUGGGGGGCCGUACAAGCCAUAAUUCAUUCUGGCACUCUCACACACAUACAUUCUCCUUUCACAUACAUUAUAUUUCUACUCUCACACACUUACAUUCUCCUUACACAUACAUAUAUUUUUUUGCUUUCACACACGUGCAUUCACCUUUUACAUAUAUAUAUUUAUACCUUUGUUUGGUAUCAUUACUUCCUGUUUAAGCAGGAAGUCACUCUCAGACCAGGAAAUACAUGUGCAAGACCUGCUCAGCUCUUCCUCACAAUUUUACAGUUAUGCUAUUCAAAGUCAUCCUGUUUUCUUUUCAAGUACAUAUUUUAAGUUUUUAACUUGAACAUAUCAUUAUGUAACCUACGUGUUCUACAGAUCUGUGUACAAGUUCU